AACCGGUUCCAACCACAAUCCACAACGCCAACGCCGAAAUUAACCGCCGCGAUCCAUGGCGGUCAGGUCCCCAUCCUCACCUUGGCACCGUGGCUCCUAAAUGGGCGGUCACCUCGGGCGGGCGGGCGGCGUUGCUGUUGUCCAGCGAUCUUGACGAGAUCACGCCAUCGACGCCACCGAUCGGCUCUCGAUAAACAACUCUCGCAAUCCCCUCGUUUCCUCCCACUGCUCGGUACCCGCGACUAGGGAAGGAAGGAAGGGCGUUGUUGUUGGAGGCGACGACCGAUCGGCGAUCGAUCGAUCGCGGCGGCCAUGGGGAACGCGUCGUCGAUGCUCACGCAGUACGACAUCGAGGAGGUGCAGGAGCACUGCGGCUACCUAUUCUCGCAGCAGGAGAUCGUGUCCCUCUACGAGCGCUUCUGCCAGCUCGACCGCAGCGCCAAGGGCUUCGUCUCCGAGGACGAGUUCCUCUCCAUCCCCGAGUUCUCAACAAACCCGCUCUCGCAGAGGUUGCUACGCAUGGUUGAUGGAUUGAACUUCAAGGAUUUCGUUUCCUUUCUCUCUACCUUCAGCGCAAGGGCCAGCCUUCAGCAGAAGAUUGAGUUGAUAUUUAAGGUGUAUGAUAUUGAUGGCAAGGGGAAGGUAACCUUCAAGGACCUGGUAGAGGUUUUACGGGACCUGACAGGGUCAUCCAUGUCUGAACAACAAAGAGAGAAAGUAUUAACAAAGGUAUUGGAAGAAGCCGGGUAUGAAAGGGAUUGCACGCUAUCAUUAGAAGAUUUUAUGACGAUCAUCGACCAUCCUGGUCUGAAGAUGGAAGUGGAGGUACCGAUCGACUAAUGCGCAGCGCAAGCAGAUUUCAGCAGACGAGAUACAGGCUGUGUCUGGCUAUGUCUUCCGAAAAGAAAUUGUUCAUAGCCAAUAGAGCUCUAAACAGAAGAGAGUGGACACUCACUGUUGCUUUCUUGUUUAUUUGUCCACAUGCCUGAAUCUUAGUAGUUCGUUACAAUGCAGUGUUAGUGUAGUCUUAUAUCUGUCUGUUAUGAGGGAACUGAUGCAGUGUCCAUAAUAGUGAAACCUUGUUGCAAUUCCAGUGAUUUACUCACAUUACGCAUUAUCAAAGAUCA